AGGAAGUAUUGGAUUAAAAUUAUUGUUAAAAAGUUUAAAAUGUAGCCCUUCCUAAUUUAAUUUAUUAAUUAUUUAUGGUGGUACACCAAAGGAAGACCAAAAAUCAAUACAACAUGAUUACAACAACUGCACCAAUCGUUGUGAUGGUCAAGUGUCCAAUCAAAUGCUGUGCUAUUACAAAAUCAGAACAAGGCGUUUAACAAAAAAUAUUGACGCAAAAAAAUUUUUUAGGAAUUUUUGCCAUCAUAUUUACCCGUCAUCACGCAUUAAAAAGAAAUACAACAACAACACCAAGCAAGAUCAUGGGCAAGAGAAAGCAAAUAACCUCUAGCAAGAGCAGUAAAAAGGUUAAAAAGGAAGAAGAAGAGGUUGAUCCGAUCAUCAAGGAAGAAGAGGUCCUCAAAGUAGAGGAGCCAGAGGACAACAAACCAGAGGCAUCAACAGGACAUGAAGCUUCUCCAAAGCAAAACAAACAAAAGAACAAGAAGAAGAUGUUUUGGCCAGUCUCGAUGAAGUCUCUCCAAUUUAACUCUGAUCAUUCCGAGACAGACAUUAAAAAGUUGUUGGAGAUGGUAGACAAGCAUGGUGAAGAGUUCAUUCAACAUUGUUGUUUGGGCUUGUUUGUACAAGAGAAAGGAGGUAAACAUUCUUUAAUAUUGAACAAAAGAUAUAAGAAUGUAAUUGCCACGUUUGGAGAUGUGGAGAAGGUGUCAUUAUUGGAGAUUAUAUUUCUCCCAAACCUUGCAAGCGUACAAGUUGAAACAAUUGAAUGCAAGCCCCACACAAAGAAAACUUGCUUCUCCUCCAUGAAUGGCCUAUCAAAAGUACAUACUUAUCCUUCAAAGCUAGCUUGGAAAAUUAAUUAUGGAGAUGGGAGCUUUGAUCUUCACGUGAUGGUGGAAGCUGCCACUAAAACAAUUCAAAACAAUUCAAAGGGAGCCUACUUUGAUUUUUCAGAGUAUUUUAACACUUCUUUGACCUUCUUUGAUGCAAGCGAGCUCGAGGACACUGGAAGACCAAGAAAAAUUUCAGCUGGUUUGUUAGAAAGUCGCACCCCAACCACUCAAUCAACAACACCACCAUCCCCACAAACAGAAAAAAACCCACCUACAUAUUCAUUACUAGACACUUGUGGAAUUAUAGAAAAGUUGUGCUUUAAAGACCAACUUUUUGUGUUCACGUUUUUAGCACAUAGUUUACAAAUUACACCUCACCCAACACAAUGUCCAAUACAAUAUCCAACACAACCAGAACCACAUCCAACAGAACAACAGAGUGACAUUGACAGUCUUUUUUGUGAAGAAGAACCCACUACCGCUUGUGAAUCACACUUUAUUGACCCAAGCCUUGUUGACUCUCUUUUAAAAAGUAACUACAAUUUGAAUUAGUUAAUACAUGUUGUUCUAUUGGCAAGUAAAAUUUCAAUAAUGUUAAGAUUAAUUCACAUUAAUCUUGGAGAAAUAAAAAUUACAAUUC